AUGAUUAGUGAAGCUUGGAGCGAAGUGACAUGCAGUAACAUCAGAAAUUGUUGGAACAAAAUCAUUUCAAAAACAGAUGAAGAAGAAGAACAAGAAGAGGAAGGAAACCUUGUACCUGAAAUGCAACAACUUUUGACGAGCAUUUCGGAGCAUAAUGUAACCUCCGAAGAAGUUGAAGAAUAUUUGAACGAGUGUAGUGAGGAGGGAGAAACAUAUUCAAGAAAGAUUGAUGAUACGGACGAAAGCAGGGACAAAACAAGGAUGAAGAAAGGGUUGAAGACAAGGAUGAAGAAAGAGAAGAACCAUGGGAAGAAAAACAGGAAGAAGAAAGCAACGAAUGUGACAGAACACAAGAACGUGGGAUCCCAGUAA